AUGGAGGUAUUUCUGACUCGGCUCACUCAGCAAGCAAUGAAUUAUGCCAUCCGCUCUGGAAUCACAAUUACAGCGACAUAUGCCAUACGCCAGUCGUCACGCCUGCUGAAGAAUGUUGAUACUGAGGAGCGCGAUGAGUUACUGCUAUUACAACAGCGGUUGCAAAGCAAAAUACAGGUUAUCUCCCCAUCAAUUGAUAUGAUCGAGUUGAUUGCUGCUCGUGGCAAUACAUCACUAGAGUCUGCUGUUGCUCUUACCAAAUCAUUAAGGUGGGAUAUCCAGGCUCUUGGCCAACGACUUGCGAAAGCAGCCGCGUCCGAAGAGUCACGACGAAAACACAAGUCUUCUCAAACUCCGUUAUCUGCGCGCGAAGAAAUAAAGUUCAUCGUCAAGGACAUCAAGAGCUUACUUGCCAGAAUAGACGAUGCAGUACCGUUAAUGAACCUCGCCAUAACCACCUCAGGUGCCAAAUUGUCCACCAAUCUUCCAUCCACUGUUUCCCCAUCCAGGCUUUUACAGGCUAGUACAUUCCUCACUGCAGGGGAUACUCAAUAUGCCUUAUCAGAGGCACAGGCCGUCCAAAUUGGUCCAACAUUCACUCUAUCAAUGUACAUGUUGUUUGCGAGUCAUGUCCGCCCUCUUGAUGAAGAGUCUGCGCGAGAAGCAACUUGGAAAGAAGUCAUGCACAAAGCUCGCUUGAAGCUCCGGCGAGUCCCGAUGAGAUUGUACUACUCUGGUGGUCAAACAAAGCCGGAGCCUUCAGAAAAUCCUGAGGUUGACGAAUUUGCAUAUCAAGUCAUGAUAAUCGAGGACUUGGAAGAUGGACGGGUCCACACCUUUGAAGAAGAUGAGCCCCAGCCACACAGCUACGAAGGCGUUUCAUCUGCUGGGAUCCGGGAGAUCCUACCCAUCCAUCAGAUAUCCAAGAUAUUCUACGCUGACACUGGUCGAAUUCUGAACAUCAAUACUGAAGGGGAGACGAACAAUCCAGUCCUUUUACUGAAAAGAGACCAAAAUGCUAUACCGCCACGUCGUAUGAUGGAACGAGACGAAUUCGAAAACGAUGCUCUCUCCGACCCCACAGCAUAUGAGCCGGAGGAUGAAGAACAAGCGCAACUUGACUCACAGCUUAAUGGCGGCGAGAGUUCGUCACAAGAAAACUUCCAUUCUUUACAUGAAGAUUCGAUUCCAGAACAAUGGCGGUUACCGCCAGGCUUGGACCCAGAAUGGAUUGCAUUUGAAGUCUAUAAUGAGGAUGAGGGCUCAGACACUGAGUCGGAGGUCGACAAUGCCCCUCACACUCCGACAGCCCAACAACCUAUCGAUCCUGGUAUGAUGGAGAAGCUUUCCAUCAAUGAUAAGAAAGCCCUCUCGCCGUCACCCUCGCGUCCUUCCACAGAAACCCCUAUCACAACUACCGUUUCAAACCCGAUGUUUGAAAACAUCCGCACAUCUCUUUCCCUCCUCGAGACUCUCCUUCGCCUUACCUCCCUGCAACAGUUCCAGCAGCAAUCCCAUCUCUCUAUUAGUGACGAACUUCUGAACUUCUUCUUGGAGGAGUCUUCCACAACGGGCGCCGGUGGAGACGAGCAGCAUCGCCAGCGUCUCCGUUACGAAGCUCGCCGUCGAGUCGGUUGGGAUCCCUAUGACGAAAGCCCAGUCAAGCAUCGCGGCGAAGAUUAUCAAUAUGGCUGGGGGCCAGGUAGCCCUUCGGCCCAGCCCCGCGAAGGUGACGGCCUUUAUACCCCUGGCGGAGAUUCACAAAGGCUUCAGCUCCGUUCCAGGGAAAACACUCCCCGAAAUGCCAGUCUAUGGGAGAGGAUCACCCGGUGUAGGCUCGGAUCCAAGACGUCCCAGUGGACUGCGAGGGAUGACCCCUGCGUACACGUCCGAAUCGGAGUUAGAACAGAGCUCACCCUUGGCGAGGAAGCAUGGGACAAACCUGAACAUCAAGAAACCUGGUUCUGGAUCUGCAGAAUGAAAAGAUCGGGAUAA